CACUGUCAGUUUUGCUUUUUUGUGCUAAUGUUGACGUAAUAAAAUAUCGAAAAACACUGACGUUUACCUUUGAGCGCGCGUAGAUUACCUCCUCAGCGCCCGUGCGAUCGUAAAACUAUAGGGAGGUUUGUGACUUUUAAUGCUGACCCCUCACUUUUUUGCAGCCAAACUUUGCUAGCUCUGACACUGCUUAAUAUCUUAGCGACAGAAGUCAUCGGGACUACAAAACCCGUCCUUCCAAGCAUAUAUCCCCCAAGGACCACAGGGAGCAGAGGAGUCCUAUUUUACUGUAUUUCCAGUUAAAUUCACCGUACUAUUGUAGCGCAAAACGAUCCGUUGUUGAUUCAAAUCACUGUACGUGAUCAAACUGUAAACAUGCGAUCGCGUGACGGACAAGCAGGACUACUCUGCCCCCAGUGCAAUUCAGUUCAAGGAGUUAUUGCAAAAUAAUUUUAGAUCCUGUUUGUUUUGCCCAUCAUCUUGUCGUUUCUUAAUUUCAGUCUCUUAAUAGCACAAACUCGACAAUGGAAGGAUACCUCCCCCGAUCUUGUUUGGACUACCUUCAGCAAGGCAUCCUUCAAAGCGGCUUCUACCUGCUUUGCGACGACGACGGCCAGCUUUACACGGUGUUUUGUGACCUCUCAAGCGAGCGGGCUCAGCUUGGACUCUAGUCAUAUCCUGGAUGACUGCGAAAUACAAGGAAUUGCCUUAUUUUAAAAACAGGGCAUUUUUUGAAGAUGCUCCCAUCAACGAGGACAGUCCAAACUUUCGGAUCUACCGCCAGACUUUAGGGCGAAUGAACAGCAUCGGGGAACACUCCACCCAUUGGCGCGCUACCUGCAACGUCCGACAAAACCCGUCAAUAAUCGAUUACCAAGAUUUCCUCAGGGGGAAAUUCAGCGACUUCGACAUCAUCUAUUAUGAAGGUGGUGGAUCGGAUUGCCAAACUGUAGAGUUUGUAAACAUUCUUGGAAAUGUUAGUGGAAGUGGCACUACAGUUGGAUUUUGGCAGUCUUCUGGCAGCUACUUUCUUCACAUCGACAGCUCUGAUACUGGCUGUGAAUUUCUUCCCUUAGCAGACCCAAGAGUUGACUACUUCGGUUACUAUGGAGAUGGAAUGAGCUCUGAAUUCAGUUGUUCUCAAUAUGACUAUUCUACAACCCAGUGGUGGUUUGGCGGAUACUUAGAAGAAAAGUGAUCUGCAGUAGCGGAAUCACUGUUUUCUUGGCCAUACCGCUUGCAUGAAUAAGUAAAAGUUCAAUGGGGACUGUCAGUGAUUACUACGAGUACUUCCGCUUUCGCUUAGCUCGCCGUGCGUGACGCAAAAGAAAACGGCAAGGAAAACAAUGACCGCGCGAAAUCCUGCGUAGGGUUAUUUUUUUUUCUCGCGGCUAGGUUUACGUUCGGCGGACUAAGCGAAAGUGGCCGUUGUCAGAAAUUGACAAAUUAUUACUGUAUUGUAGUUUUUGUGGAUCUGUUAGAAUAGAGAGGUGGUAUUGUAAAAGCAUGCUAAAUUGAAACAGAAACCCCUUAAACAGCGUACCUAUUUUAAACCAAUGACGUCACAGAAGUUGUAAUGUUCUUGGCAGCCUUGCAGAUUUUGCUAGCAAAAAUGAGCUUUUUGCAGUUUUGUUAAUCAGCACAACUAGCUGAAAAGAGCAUAUUUUGAACAUUUUACUCUUUAGGGGCUUAAAACUAGCCCAGCAACCUACUGAACAACCAUUUAUUAAUAAAUUAUGAUCGGCUCUA